CUCAUCUUGUACUGCAUGACUUGGGGCGGGUCUCUGAGCACAGGUGAUGGGGCGUUCAGCAGUCACAAGAGUGGAGGCUGCUCUGAGAAGGGCCCGCUGCGUGUUCCUUGCAUCGCACUCCUGCCUGCUUCCCUGCAGGGAGUGCCUGCAUUGUGCCACAGGUGGCUCAGGACUCAGAGUUCUGCCUACGAUAACGUCAACAAAGUUCGAGUUGCUAUAAAGAAAAUCAGUCCUUUUGAGCAUCAGACAUACUGCCAGAGAACUCUGAGAGAGAUAAAGAUCUUACUGCGCUUCAGGCAUGAGAAUAUUAUCGGAAUAAAUGAUAUUAUCAGAGCUCCAACUAUUGAACAAAUGAAAGAUGUAUACAUUGUGCAAGACCUUAUGGAAACAGAUCUUUACAAGCUCUUAAAGACUCAACACCUCAGCAACGACCACAUUUGUUAUUUCCUUUACCAGAUUCUGAGAGGGUUAAAAUAUAUCCAUUCUGCCAAUGUGCUUCAUCGUGACCUCAAACCUUCGAAUUUGCUGCUCAAUACCACUUGUGAUCUCAAGAUUUGUGACUUCGGACUGGCUCGUGUUGCAGAUCCUGACCAUGAUCACACAGGAUUCCUGACAGAGUAUGUGGCCACGCGUUGGUACAGGGCUCCUGAAAUCAUGCUGAAUUCUAAGGGUUACACCAAGUCUAUUGACAUCUGGUCAGUAGGCUGCAUUCUGGCAGAGAUGCUCUCCAACAGACCCAUCUUUCCAGGAAAACACUACCUUGACCAACUUAACCAUAUCCUUGGUAUACUUGGAUCCCCUUCCCAAGAAGAUUUGAACUGUAUAAUAAAUUUAAAAGCCAGAAACUAUUUGCUUUCCCUACCACACAAAAAUAAGGUACCAUGGAACAGGCUGUUUCCGAACGCUGACCCCAAAGCACUUGAUUUGUUGGAUAAAAUGUUGACCUUUAAUCCUCACAAGCGAAUUGAAGUGGAACAAGCUUUAGCCCAUCCAUAUCUGGAACAGUAUUAUGAUCCAAGUGAUGAGCCUGUAGCUGAAGCACCCUUCAAGUUUGAUAUGGAAUUGGAUGACUUGCCGAAGGAAAAGCUGAAAGAACUGAUUUUUGAGGAAACUGCUAGAUUCCAGCCAGGAUAUCGAUCUUAAAUUGUGCAUAGGACAAGGACUUAAAGGACUGGGCAUGCUCAAACGUUGCUGUUCCUCUUCCCAGUUCUUUACUGUUGGUCAUGUCUUGUGGCCUCUCUCAGCUUAUCCACUAACUCCUUUGAGCCAUUCAGGAGGGCAGUUCCUGGUAGUUUUGGCUUUUCAUGCUUUCAAUGAAUCUUUUAAGCCUGAAGAAUUGUAAUUGACACUCCUAUGCGUAAUGCCCGUUGUUGACCUGUUGCAGUACUGUACUGUAAGUGCACCUACUGCUGGCCGUGUUUUAACUGCUUGCUUUCUGGUUUGAGAGAUGCAGUGGUUCCUUUCACUCCUGGAUUAAUAUCCAAGAAGAUAAUUCAUUAACUGAUGCGAAGUUUACACCAUGAACUAUGUUUUUCUGACUUUACUGAAGUCGCUGGCAUUUUUUUUAGAAAAGCUACUAUUCAGGGCACUUUAAGUCAGUGACAUCCCAGAUUUUUUUUGCACUUCCUUUUUAAAUAGAAAUGGUUAGCAUCCAGUGAGUGGGGUUUUACCAUUAUGCUCUGGAUUACAGCAUAAGUCGUGUUCGUGUUAAUCUUGCUUAUGCACUUGUUUGGGUGUCCUGUGCUGUACAUGCAGGUAUUCUAUACAGUGUAAUAGCCACAUAGGAACCCAUCUGAAUUGAAGUCAUCUAAGAAACAUUUUACCAUGCAUUGACAAAAUUUGUACUUUUUUUUCCCUACCUUUUUCAAAAGAGAUCAUUUUAAGUUUAGCCAUGCUGGGAGGGGUAGUACUUCCAAAGUUCAUACCUUGUGGUCGUGUUUAUAAGGCUUGUGCAAAGAGAAUGAGUGGCAGCUUGCCAUCCUAUUUAUUCCCUGUGUGAGGGGAGAUUAACAAAGAACAUAAUGGCACGAUGACCUAAUGGUGAAUGCUUUUCUUUGUGGAAGGCAUCCGAAUGUGGUAAGUGAGAAACCAAAAUAUGAUGUUAGUAAACUCAGCCUGCAUACUUCAUGCCAAUGAAAUGCUCCAAAUGAGGACUGGUAGUUUUACAUCUGAAUCUUAUCACUGACAUUCAGAAUUCUCGCAGAGAGGAACACUGCAUCUUUAAAUGAGAAAGUUUGAAUUUCCUUUUGCUCCUACAGCAUGUCAGCAUCUCAAGUUCAUUUCUUGCAACCUACACUAUGGUGAUUUGUAAUCAAGCCUCCAUGAGCUCGUGACAUAAAGUACUGUUCUGUUGUCAAGUACUAUCAAACUUUUCUGAUAAUGCUGAGUUAGGACAACCAAACAAAGCUAGCACUAAAUAAUGUUUUAAAUUGUAUACCUUUUAAUGAUCUUUUCAAGUAUUUGUUACUGAAAUUGUAUAAUGUGGAGUUUACUAGGUGUUAUGUUCCAGUGCAGUGCCUCCUUUUCUUUCCCCACUGCUCUCUGUGGUGAGAAAUUUGCCUUGUUUAAAAUGAUUACUGUGCCCUCGCAUGACUGUUAAAGCUUUCUGUGCAAAGAUGAUUGUUUAAGUGCCACAUGCCUAUGAUUGAGAGAAAAAAAUCUAUUGUUACCUCUGAGUUGUGUUCAACUGAAAUGCUAUUCAACAAAUAACUUAGGAAAAAUAGUUCUAUUUUUAGCUUUUCAUAUCUCUGCUGUCUUCUCAAUUUAUUUUGGCAGCAGUGAAGAAUGGAUUGUAUAGACUGCUUGCUAAUAUGAACAAAAUGCACUUGUAAUUCCUGGAAAUAAAUUUAAACCUUAUAUCUUCACAUUAACAUAAAGAAUUAGUUUUUGGUUUCCUCUUGGGUAAUGUGUUUGAAUGGAAAUCAGAUUCAGUUGCUACUGCAGUAUUACAAGGAUGCUUGCUGGUUAAUGAAUCCAGGCUUCCUCACUCCACUUAGUCUGCUUUUCAAAAAAAAGAAAAAAAAGAAAAAAAAAAAGAAAGCCAUUAACUUAGGUUUCAAUAGGCAAGGGUGCUUACAAGAUUCCAUUUCAGAUUUUUUCUUUGAGUUUGAGUCUUAGUCUACCAAAACUAAUUUUUAAUAAGCGAUGGUUCAUUUUAAGGGGCAUUUUCAGUUAGGAAGUUCCUGUGGUACAUCUCUACUGUGCGGAACAAAAGGAGCAAAGUCAGGACACUGCACAAGUGAUCGUGGAAUCUGAUAUGGAGCCUGUGCUAAAAAAAGUUUCUAUAGAAAUUAUGCACUUGACUGUUGAUACUUGUGUAGAAAUUUUUUCUGAUGUUUCUACACAUCUUUACCAAAACGCUUUCUUCACGCAGUUUUGAGAAGCUGAAAUAUUUCUAGAAUCUCUGCUACUUGUACCAUCGUCACCAUUACAGGAAUCGUGGUUGGAAAGAUGACUGUUACUGAAAUCAGUUUGUAACACCUCAAUCCGAAUUUAGUAAGGAAGAAUUUUUGCAGCUUAUUUCAUCCUUUUCCCAGUUCUUUUCUUAAUACUUUAAUUUGGGAUUCUGGAGAGGUGAAAACUUACCCUUGCUAUCUUCUCUCAGAAUGACAAGCCAAGGGUUUGCUUUACCUAACGUGUGGUGCUUUCAGGCUUUCUUCCUUAGCUGUCCUUACUGAACCAAGUUGGAGUCCAUCGGUACCAAUAACUGCAUCCAUCAGUCUUCUGCUGAACGCAGUGAACGUUGUUAAGCUGAAUGUUAUAUUGUCAAGUGCAGAAGCGUGACUUUUUCUUUUGUCAGAUACUGAAAAUGUUUAAAAGAAGGUGCCUAUAACACUGUUAGGUCGGCUAUUGCUCCAUUUUACUUUUCCCCCCUCCCCCCCCUCUUUUACCUAGUUUUUGUAUAUGUAGAGCAGAGACCUGAAACUUGUAUUUGAAGUAAUAUAUAUUUCAUGGUAAAGAUGUUUUGGGAAUAAGGAAUGUAAACAGUUGACUGUCUAAACACUGCAACUGUACUGCGGAAGAAAAACAGGCAAACUUAAACUUCUCUUGGAUGCUUUGGCAAAGAAAGCAUCUUAUUCUGCUAUCCUGACUUCCCCAGAAUCUUCCUCCUCACUGUCACACGCACCAAGUCUGAGGUGUGCAAGGCCCUGCGUGGGCUGAGCAGUGCUGCUCUGUGAGGUUUCAGCAGCACAGAUGGUGACGUGACUCAGCAGUGGCCAAAUGCAACCCAAGGAGUUGAGCGUGGCUUUCCUUGCAGAAUGGGGAAAAAGAAAAACUUGUUGCAGCCCAUUGUGAUACGCUAUGAUAUAUUUAUACCAUGUCAAAGUUCUUUGCUGUACUAUAGAUUUAAACUUUAUUAAUAUAUAUCUGCUUAUGUUAGUGUAGUUUCUAUAGUCCUUGGUUAUGGAGGAAUUUGUGUUGUUACAGCACAGUGAUAUGGUAUAAAUAUGGGUCUGUACACACAACGUACUCAUGAAUUUGGUCCCUUGCAUAGUACUUUUAUAUUUGUACAGCGACGUCUUCAAGCAAUCCCAGGUUUUAGGGGAAGUAUUUUUGUAAAUGCAGUGGUUUAAACAAAAAAUCCAACCAGUCCAUUUACUAAGUUUUAAAUGCGUUUGUGGUUCAAAAUGGUUUAGUUAAUGACUAAAAUCAAGACACUAAAUUAGUGAAAAGUGCACAUUAGUAAAGUGAAGCAUACCUUGGUUUUGUGUAGCAUGUGCUGUGAUCAAGCUAGGGGAAGCAUUGGACGAAAUGCAAAAGUUGGACUACCUUUGUAAAUCUAGAACAAACGUCUGAAGGUUGCAGCUGGAUUACUUACUAUUGUUGCCUUUUCUAGUGUUGUAUCAGUGUAGAGCACUCUUAAAUACUCAAACUGCUUUGUCUUUGCUUUGUACUGUUGGUGCCUUCUUAGUCACGUACCCCACAUGUCCUGCAUAGCUAAUUUAGUUAAUGGUAAGUUUAAAAUAAAAUAAAGGAAGAUUUUAUAUUAAAAAAAAACCUUUAAAACUUCAUUUUCUGUAUGUUCUUAUUCAUUGUAACAAUUAAACAUUUAUAUUGUGACAGAUUUGUGAUUUGGUUAAUUUGUAUAGAUCAGUUGUAAGUAGCAAAGGUUUAUAUUUGUCUUAUUCUUUUAAUGUUGUAAACGUACGUGGUUUUCUUCUUUAAAUCAGGUAAUUAAUGUUCUGUUUCGUUUUUGGCAUCUGAAUCUUGUAAAAACAAAUGCAAAGAAAAUCAUUAAAUUGUGUCCCUGUAUUACCAAAUCAGCAUAGUACUGUGCAUAUGUAGAAUGACUGAAACUUCACUUUACAGUGACUGCUGUUUUACAAACCGUGAUGCAUGUCACAUCGGCGUGCCUAAAAGCGCGUCGCCCGAACGGAGCAGUCGCAGGCAGCCUGCAUCCAUGUUUUUGAAUGCACAGUGUGUCUGUUUCAGUGUAUGAGUAUACCAGUUUGAAAUUGGAGUCAUCCAAAACAUGGCAGAUGAAGUUUAUGGACGGGCAAAGAGUUGCAUCUUUGUGGCAAGAAAGUUACGAAGUCAACGUUGUGAACUGCUGGGCACAGAGACGGCUUUGGCUCACUCAAUAUUAGUAUAGCUGUAGCCACUUCCCAGGAAGUUCUGCCGAGAAGUACCUGAGCAGUCCUUAGAGAGCAAAUGUUUUCAGUUUGAUACGAGAAAAAGUUCUUCUCAGGCCGAGGAUUGCAGUGUUCUGAGGUGUCUGGGAACAACGCGCUCGGACAUCCUUGUAAUGGCAUUUUCGUGAAUAUUUUUCAGUCUGAAGUCCAGCUGUGCCAAAGAACUGAGAAAAGGUGUAAUUUUAUCAUGGCAGCUAGAAACUUCUGUAUUUGUAUGACAACAUAAAGAGCCUGACCUGAAACUGACAGGUGCUUGUCAGUAACUGACAGCUCUGUGACGGCUCUAACGGCUGGCUCGUUGAAAUUCCUCUCUCCAUCCCCUCUCUGGUCUUCACAGCAGUAUGCAUUUUUUUUUCCAGAAUAUUGAGAGUUUAAUUUUGCCAUAUAUACAGUUAUGCACGUUGCUUUUUCAUCGACUGUAGCUGCCCUUGUCUGUCUCUGUUCCCCCAGCAGUGCGCGGUUUGGCAGUGGUGUUUCAGCGAGUCACUUCAAAGUUUGACUGAACUGCAUCUGGUCCCAGCAGAGGAUUUGACAAGCUGCUGCUUGACUCAGUAUUUUUGUCGCACUUGUUUAAGUAGGAUUAGUAGGAAAACACUUAGCUUUUAUUUGCUUUGUUCCAGCAGAAUAGGAUGCUGAUCCUUCCUGUCCGUGAGCUUUGAAGGGCGAUGGGUUGUGAGACCUUGGAGCCAAGGAGUGCGCAGAUGAGCUGUGGGGUCUGUGUGCAGGCUUAGUGCUUGCGUGGAUGGGCUCUGGUAGGGUGGGUGCUGUGGAGCUGAUAGCCAGCGCUGGAGGAGCUCGUGCUCCACGUGUUGAUUUGAGCCGUGUGGAUUUGAUGCUGUUGGGUUUUGUAGAGCUACAAGCCCAGUAUUUUCUCCGCAGACAAAAGUUCUCACUUCUGUGUGUUUCAUUGUACUUUCUACUAAGUAACAUUUGCUUGACAAGCUUAAAAAAAAUGAAUGUUUGAUAAUUGUAGAAGACUUAAAAUCUUCAUCACAUCAGUAGGUGUCAUGUCGGUGAUUCGAAGAGCUCUUGGCUUCCCUGCAGAGCAGCAUUAAGCACUGCCAGCUGCAAGAGGUGGGCGAUGCUCGUAGUGCCCUGCCGGGCUGAGCUUCCAUCACACCGUGUUCAUGUGAGGGCUAAUCUUGGAAUUGAGAUUUGAAAAUUGUUCUGUGAAACCUUUACUGUUCCGCUUUGUAAGGUACUCACACCCAAUGCUUUCCUUCAGGUAUUUUGCAGAACUCUGCCUGCUUUUUCAGUACAUCUUGCUACCGUGACAAUUUUUUUCUUUGUCUUCUUAUUCAAAGUGAAGCUGAAGUCUCAGCUGUUCCAAAAACCUUUCUUUGGGAUUCACGUGGUUCUGGUGAUGCACAACAGGUUACUGGUCCUGUUACAUAAACUGAUGUGAAUCCUCAGAAAAGGUAAGCAAAAAUACCUGGCAGGUCACUGAGACUCUUCCUGCUGGAAGCACAGCAUGCGGUCUGGUGAUGGUGUGUUCGUUUCUGAGGGGCAAUAAAAAAGCAGAUGAAAUGAUGAGAAAGGAGCGAUAGGAUUGGGUAAGGUGUGGUGUGGGGAGUCCUUUGUUGCUGUUAGAAACUUGAGCCUGAGAUUCAGCAGACCCUGGUUUGAACUCUUCUGACUCUUAAUCCUUGAAUACCUUGUAAAUACUGGGACCUCCUGCCCUUUCUCUGAAAUGUCCUCGCAUCUUCCUUGCAGCAUGCAGCCAUUCUUCAGUUUCUCCCCUUUUCCACCCCAUUAAUGAUUCUGGCAGAGCGAUGCGUGAUCCUUUAGUUCAUUUCCCUUGGUGCAGGAGUGGCUUGUUAGCGCAUGAGGAACGAUAAAAGGAAUCCUUGGGCAUUUUUCUGAUUCCCCAGAAAAGGAAGAAAUGUCUUGAGAAUGCUGGAAGGCCAGCAUGCUGUCUCAUCUAAAAAUACUGAGUUGAAUCCUUUUGUGUAUCUUGUGAGUCUUUCUGUGGCUUUGUGUGGACUCCCAGUUGUGCCAGCUAUUUGAUUGAAGUGCUUCUCUGCCUCCUUCCGCUGCUUCUUGCACAGAGCUGACCUUUGAUCCCGCUGAGUUUCUGUCUUCCAGUGAUGCUUUUCUUCCUCAGGGUUUAUACAUUCCGUGUUGGUGUUUUUCUCCCCAGUCCUUUGACUGCUGUGACCGACUUGGCGUCACGUUUUUAUUCUUUCUUCUCCUUAUUUUGCAUGGCUGUAGCUUCCCUGUGGUCUCACAACUCUCCAUUUGUUUGCUUUUUAGAAAUUUCUGGGUUUUUUUAGUUACUCUGUAAGGCCACAGCCAUACUUCACAGAGCUGGGCCCUGGUUACAGGCAGCUGACUUAAGGGCUGCUGGUUGCACUCCAGCCGCUGGCUUUGGGGAGAAAACUUGCCUAGGCAGAGCAGUUCCUUUAAUGCAGUUCCAGUGCCUGGGAUUGCACCAGUGCAGCGAUCUGUUAAUUCCACCUUACUGCUUUAAUGCCUUGAAUACAAAAACCAGAAAUAACAACAGAGAACUUCAUUCUCCCCAGCUAUGAUGCAUUCUUCUGCACUACUGAAACUAUAUCAAAAUUCAGGCUUUUCAAGAAAAAAAAAAAAAGGCGAAACCCAAAGCUGUAAGAGAUGCCAUGAGUUUAAAAAAUAACAAAAUAAUAAAAAUUUGCUAUUAUCAAGAGACUUAAGAUGCACCUUCUACUUCGAUCUUAACAUCCAAGACACAUAGCUUGCUCGGAAGAUGCUUUUCUGCCUUAAAUCUGCAAAUGCAAAAAUGCUGAAUAUUCAGAAUUUUGGCUUGAAACUGAACCAAUGAUAUCACCAGUGAGCUGAAAGCUCGGGGAAGGUUUGAAGUCAGGCCUUCUCCUAGCUCAGCUUUAAUCUCAAUAGCGGGGGAGAAAUCUUUGACUAUCAAACCUUCCUGUUCCUAGAAGUGUUUAAAGCUUACAAAUAUUCUAUCUUGUCGUUGAGGCGUCUUAGAUUCAAGUUUAUAGACUAAAGAAUUUUUGUGUGUUCUGUGUUCUUAAAAAGCUUUGUUAGUUUUGGUACGUGUUUACUUCUGCAGGCUCUUCAGAUAGGCAUGCCACAAAUGUGGGGGGAACCAACUUCUGCAGGCCAGUUGACACAUCCAGAAAUGCUUAAAUCACGUUGUUGAUGUCACUGUAGCUACGUGUUGUUUGCUCUCGUGCAGCAUACGUCAACGCUCCAGAAGAAGGUGGGGAUUAAAGAAAAAUAAAAUUGUGGUCAUUUCUUAAACAUUCUUUUGUAGCUCAAUUUAAUCCAUAGGCUUGUUUUUGAGGGUAGUUUGGUAUUUGGGGAGAACCGUGUUAAGUCGUUUUUACAGCUGACUUGACAUUUCUCUAAGUAUAAUUUGCUGUUAUUCCAGCAUGGCAAAGGUCUGCAUAAUUCAUGUGUGCUCAACUUAAUCACUGGUUUUCUUCUAACAAUAAAUGGCAUUGUACCAAAAGCAAUAUAUCCUGUGCGUAGUUGGUAGUGGAAGUAAUUAUUACUGUGCAGCUUUUACUUUCAUUGUCUUCCCAAUGGUUGCUGCUAGCAUGGAUUUUGUGCACUGACAGAUGUUCCAGGCUGUUAGAGAUGUAUUGUGGGGGAAAAAGUCCUGCGUAAUACCUGUUUGCUUUCUGGAAGCUGCUGCAGUACUUUGAAGCAGAAAAGAGUUGCAUCUGAUGCUGCAA